AUGGCAGACAUAUUGAAGCCUAAAAACACAAAUCCACGAGGAAUUCCCGAAGCACCAUUCAUAGAUAAAGUCGAAAAUGUCAUAAAGAAUCCCGACAAGGACUUUGAAUCGGUUAUGCAAAUGUUUCAAGAAAGAUUACAACAGUACAAGUAUAUGGAAUUAUCCAAGCAACAACAAUUGAAAGAUUUGAACAUAAAAAUACCAGACAUUGAAAAGAACUUAGAUAUCAUAAACUAUAUCAAAGAAAAGAAGGAAGAAGAAGAAGAAGACGAUGAAGAUGAAGAUGAAGAAGGAGACGGUAAAGUUAUAGAGACUAAUUAUGAAUUGAACGAUACAUUAUAUACAAAGGCCAGCAUAGAUGUUGAGAACUUGAAUUCUGUAUAUUUAUGGUUGGGAGCUGAAGUGAUGUUAGAAUAUCCUUUAGAUGAAGCAGUUGAAUUAUUAAAUGAGAGAUUGGUUAAGAACAAUGAGCAAUUAACAAUUAUAAAGGAAGACUUGGAAUUCUUAAAGGAAAACAUCACUACUAUGGAGGUUAACACUGCCAGAUUAUACAAUUGGGAUGUUGAGAGAAGAAAGAAACUUAGACCUACAUCAUAA